UCUCUAAAGCGAACAAACUGAACCCAGUCUGGAGCUCCAGCACCGGGACCGAGACCAGGACCGGGACCGGGACCGUACCGACGUUUUUCCUCCCAGGACUCUACUCCCCCCGCUUCGCUUUGCGGUCACGGAAAGUUACGAGGAGCGCGGCGCGGAACUUCCGAGGUGAAAGAUUCAACUUCAAGAUGACCUCUGACCUGAAGGACCGGAAUGGCCUCGCACUCUGAGGACUCGUACCUGCUUUGACAACAUAUCUCGCCGUUGCCGAAUAAAUUGGGGACUUUACCGAACUGUCCGCCGUUGAGUUCCGCCUGCAGAUCAGGGAGACCGCCGCCAUGCCGAUUCUCAAGCAGCUGGUGAACAACUCCAACCAGUCGAAGCGCCGGUCCCGGGCCGACCUGACGGCCGAGAUGAUCAGCGCGCCGCUGGGGGACUUCCGCCACACGAUGCACGUGGGGCGAGGAGGCGACGCGUUCGGGGACACGUCGUUUCUCAGCACCCGGUCAGGAGAGCCUCCCAAAGAGCCGGAGCCCAAGCACGGCUCCCCGGGGCCCAAGCCGGGGCUGCUGGCCCGCACCUUCAGGGGCAGCAAGCGGUCCCAGUCCGUCAACCGCGGCGACAAGUACGACUACAACGCCAUGGGGUCCUCCACCGGCUCCUCCCAGUUUGUGAAGAACGCCAUAUCCAUGCCUUACCUGAACGACGAGGGGACGAACCGGGGGAGCACUCUGCCGAAGAGCGUCUCCUCCAGUCCCAUGAAGACCCUGACGGAGGCGGACACCAAGCCGGCGAACGGCGCGGCGGCGGUGGCCACGCUCGACCCGGAGUUCGACGAGCGCAACUUCGGCGAGCUGACGGACCUGCCGCCGUCCAUGCCCCGCGGGAACGGGAUGAAGCACGCCGAGUCCAUGAUGUCCUUCCACAUCGACCUGGGGCCGUCCAUGCUGGGCGACAUCCUGAGCGUGAUGGAGAAGAAGGGCUGGGAGGACGACGACCUCGGCUACGAGGAGGGCAAAGGCAGCGAGGGCCACGGAUCGCCGUCCACGAUCCCCCACAUCGACGACGAGGACGAGGACGCCGCGGUGGAGCGGCCCCCGGCCAGACCGCCGCGCAGCGUGGACCAGCGCGCCGCCGCCGUGGAUCCCUACACCCCCGAGCUCCACGCCAGGGGCAGCCGCCACCGCCACGCCGACAGCUGCUCGCUGUCCAGCUCCGGCUCCGGCGCCGACGACAAGCCGCUCUACCAGCUCCACGACGCCGACACGGACAGCGCCAAGUACAGCUCGCCGCGCGGCGACGACGACAGAGAUUUCACCUUCAUGGACGAGGACGAGGACGACGACGAGAUCCGGGUGUAGACGCCCGGCGGGGACGGUCUGGAAGGACGAGCGGAGACCCGUCGGAUUUCUUUCACACUUUGUUCAACUUCAUAAAAAACCAGUAGAGCCUUUUUCACCGAGCGGCGGCGAAGACGAGCCGAGCGCCCGCCGACGUAGACGGACUCUUGAAGACGGUGGGCGAGACGAGAACUGAAAUCCUGGAGUUGUGAGAAUUACGCGUAAACGGUGACGGUGAAAUUAUAGAGUUCAGUGAGAUUGAGACGCUGACGAAUCGUGGAAGGUUAGACUAAAGCGUUUCCUCCCCGCCUGUGGGAGCGAUCGGUGUGUUGAAUCUGCCAAUAAGAAAGCUGAUAGUGACACUAAACGGAUAAAGUAGUUCUUACUUUUGUAUCAGGGUGAAUUUAAGGGUUUUUUUUUUUUUUUUUUUUUUUUUACACUUCAUUGUUUGUACAUAUCAGGAUCAGGAAGUCAGUCUUUAGUUGUAUUUAAGUCGGGUUAGCUCUUUGUUUUUGCCGCUGUGUCUCAUGGUUGAAAUGAGUUUCUCGUUCACAGAACGCUGUGAUAUUUAUUCACUCCUUUUCAGAAGGGAUGGAUCGCUCGAAAGUCUUAAAGUCUUCUCUUUAGAUCGCUCGCGGUACACAUGGAUUUGGGAAUGUGAUCAUUUCUGCUUUACAAAAAUCACUCGCUUUGGAAAACAAUGCGAGGCCUUGUGUUCGGCGGGUAUUUCCUGUCCCGACAGGACGCGGCACGGCGUGUGGGCGUGUGUGUUGGUGCGCUCACCUUCAUUAUUCCUGCGGUUGGCAGGAUUAGCAGGUCAGCAGAGACGUGUGUUUGAAGGGAGCUGCCUUUACUGUAGAGCUACAGUACCGGAACACGCCUCCUCCGUCAGGACCGGACUUGUCUCUGCUCGGUAGGCGGGCUGCAGGCGCGUCUCAGGAUGGAAUACGUUUGAAUCUAGCAGUCUGCUAGCGCUGGCCCCGUUUACACGCCGUUUUCAACGUCCUGGGUGUCCGUUGACACGGAAAUGGCGCUCACAGCCACUGAAAAUGCGACUUUUUGAAGCAUUUCUUGCACGUUUUGUGUGGUGACGAUGACCAGCAGCACCCCCUAGUGGCCCCGCGUGGUAACAGCGACACCGUUUUCCCACAAGCCGCCGUGUAAACACGAAGCUGUUCUGGAAGCGAAAUGCUGAAAUGCUGCGUUCGGACCUGAAGCCCGGCGGAAGCGGCGCCUGGACCGCUGGUCUGCGUCCAGCUGGAGCUGAUCCAGGAUCAGACGGCGGGGCGUCGCCGUGCAGCCUCGCUCACUCAGCCUCGCUCACUCAGCCUCGCUCACUCAGCCUCGCUCACUCAGCCCUCCAUUAUAAAUUAGACAGAAAGAGGUGUUUUUUUUUCUUUCCUCCUUUCCUAUAUCUGUGAUUAAUGUCUGACCUUUUUUUUUUUGUUUCUGUGUUGGAAAACUAAUUGCCACAUUUGACAAAUGGGAGCUUUGUGUUUCCCGUGGCGGCGGCGGCGUGCACGAGGAAUCGGGAUGCCGCUCCUCUCCGCCUCGGGUUGUUUUAAUGUUUUUUGGACCGACGAGAGCAAGCUGCAGGAAGUCGAGAAGCUGAGCGCGAUCCGGAAGUGAAAUGCCAAGUAUGUGUGAACGUUGGCACCGUGUUUACUCUCUUUACAGCCGCACACUCCUUCAUGUUUUCACGCACGUGGGCCAAAUUUCCGCACGUCUUCCACUGAUGAAACGUUAAAAUGCGUUUCGAUCUGUCGCCCGCGCCGUGUGUCUGUACGUUCAGCGGCCUCUCUUCUGACCCGGCAGCUCGGAGGAGAGAGCAGGAGUUUAGAAGGAAUUAUUGAAAAGUGCAUAUUAAGUUUCAGUCGGAGACUUUCUGGUAAUUGUCUUAACUUUCUGGCGUUUGUUGUGUUUGUCUGUGGGGAAACUCUUUAAGUAGGCCAGAACGAACCAUGUUAAAGAAUUUGCAAAUACUGUCUGCCCCGGGUCUGCUUUAAAGAUUUUUCUCUUCCUGACAGCUGCGGUUUGGUGAGUGGCAAAAAAAGAUAAGGACUGCGAAAAACAACUGGCUCAGAGUUCAGCUGGAGAAUGUUUCUUCUUCCUCUUAGUUCCCCCUUCUCUUUAUUCAGUGGCUGUAGUUUUAUGCACUGUUUUCCUCUUGUUUUCCUUAUUCUGGUUUUACAGUAUAUUAAUAUAUUUACCUCCCUUCACUUUCCUCUCUUUGAAAUAACAGCUAUAUUUUUCAAUAAAAGAGAAAGCUGGUAAUCUUGUAA